CAUGUCCCUUUCCUGCAUAUUUUUGGGGUACGGAGGAUGAAAGUCCAAAUUGUCACAGAAGGCGAAUUGAUUGACUUUUAAUUUGUAAAUGACAUUUUAGAAUUUUUAGCCGAAAAUACCAUAUUUUGCACGAGGAACUUUCAAGUAGGGCGCGCCUAACAAAACAUGGUUGUGAUGUUGAUAAUCGGUAGUCAUCGUAGCUGAACAGUGUAACGACACGGUUGUGUAACUUAAAUUUACUGUAAACAGAAACAGGUCAAAGUUGACUCAAAGUUCGCUAACGGGUUUGUAUUAGCAGUUUGUAUGUUACAGUAUUAGCAGAUAAAGUAAAAGUUUGAGAGAAAACAAUAUGAAGACAUUAGUAGGUAAAAUCUGUAUUGUAACUGGAGCUACAAGAGGUAUAGGUAAAGGUAUAGCUCUACAGCUAGGAGAAGCUGGUGCAACCGUCUACAUAACAGGUCGAACUUUAAAUCCUCCGAAUGAUCAAGUUGGAGGAAGUCUAAGAGAAACAGCUAAAGAGGUUGAAAACAGGGGAGGUAAAUGUAUACCAGUACAAUGUGAUCACACUAAAGAUGAUGAUAUUGUUAAACUAUUUGAUAAAGUUAAAAAUGAACAGGAUGGAAGACUGGAUAUCUUGGUCAAUAACGCCUACUCGGCUGUAAAUGCAAUAUUGGAUAAUCUUGGAAAGAGAUUUUGGGAAUAUGAACCAAACAUGUGGGAUGAUGUUAACAAUGUUGGUUUGAGGAACCAUUAUAUCUGUUCAGUUUAUGCUGCUAGAAUGAUGGUGGAAAGACAAUCAGGAUUAAUUGUUAACAUUUCAUCUAUGGGUGGACUGAGAAAAUUAUUUAAUGUUGCGUAUGGAGUUGGUAAAGCUGCCUGUGAUCGUAUGGCUGUAGAUUGUGGACUUGAUUUAAAGAAACAUAACAUAACAUUUGUCAGUUUAUGUGCAGGACCUGUCAAUACAGAAAAUAUUUCUAAACACAUUGAUAAUCCUGAUCUGAGUAAGUUUAAAAACUUUUUUGAAAAUGGCGAGACAGUAGAAUAUCCUGGAAAAUGUAUCGUUCAUCUUGCAAAUGAUCCAAAUGUCAUUAAGAAAACUGCACGUAUUUUGUUAUCAACUGAGUUGGGAGAUGAAUAUGGUUUUGAUGAUGUCAAUGGGAGACAUCUAGCAUCUAUUCGACAAGUAAAAUAUCUGUUGCAGCAAGGUGGAUAUGGUUGGUUAGCUCCAUUUAUUCCUGGAUUUAUUAAAAUACCAUACUGGGUGUUAACAUUGGCUUCUAGUAAAUUCUAAAUGUAUUGGUCAAUUAUUGCUGAAUAAUUAAUCUAUUAAUAUUCACGGAUUCAUUCUGGCAGAAAUUUGCCUAGUGUGUCUGCAGCUUAACUAAUCAGGCAUCCAUAAUUUUAUUUAUAGAAAACUUUACAUGUAGUUUUAUUAUAUCAUAAUUCAUUAUGAACUCCAAAACAAUGUAAAGAGAUCAUGAUAUUUACAGCAAGUUUAUCAUGCAUGCAUUAAUGUAUUUGACGUUUUCACAUGAAGCUAUUAUGGAGGAAUGCAGAACACCUAAUUAAAAUAUAUUCUGUGUAUUUGAAUCUACAUCUGUCCAUAAUUAAUUUAUCCUUAAUUUGUUAACUUUAGUGAAUAUUUUUAUACCAGAUUUUAAAAUUUUCUGUUUUUGCAUUUUUUUUUAGCAGAUUUUGACAUGUUAAGCUUGUGACUACAAUAUAGGAUAAGUUAUUCCAGAUCCAUGAAGUUUUUGAUUUAAUUCUUUAAAACUCGGGGAAAACGAGGACACCUGUUUUGACUGUUAAUGCUUGUAAAUGUGAAAAAUGUUCACAAUAUGACCAGUGGCAUAUUUUUAUAUGCAUAAAUUGAUUCUGUUUUACAUAUUUAUGUAUACGAUUCUGUUUUAUAAUAAAUAAAAACCAAAUA